CUAAUAAAUAUUGUGAUGUGUUUGUGUUGCCAGUUACACGAGCACGGCGCCUACCUUGUGGACUCUCUAAUCGAGUCCAACGACAUGAUGAAAGACUGGGAGUGCAUGACAGAUCUACUGAUCGAGGAGUCGGGGCCGACCGAGGAGCCUCUGGACGACCGUCAGGAGACCUCCCUCAUCGAGCUGAUGGUCUGCUGUGUCAAGCAGGCGGCCACCGGAGAAGCGCCCGUAGGGAGAGGGCCUAACCGCAAAGUGGCUGUACUGUCAGUGAAAGAAAUCAAACAAGUUCAAGAUGAUAAACAAAAGUUGACUGAACAUUUCAUCGGCACACUUCCUAUUCUGUUGGACAAAUACAGAGCUGAUCCUGAUAAGCUGGCUAAUCUACUUUCUAUACCUCAGUACUUCGAGUUAGAAAUUUACACUGUAUCUCGACAAGAAUCUAACCUGGAUCUUCUGCUGAAAAAACUGCGAGGAAUUGCUGAAAAACAUCAUGACACGGAUGUCCUUGAGACUUGUGCCAAAACUCUGGAGGUCCUGUGCGCUGAAGGGAGUCCCAUCUACUCCCGUUGCGAUGUGCAAAGGUCCACCAUCAUUGACAGCAUUGUCAAUAAGUACAAGGAAGCGAUUGACGAGUGGAAUUCACUUAUUGAAGGGGGAGAAACGCCAGAUGACGAUGAAACAUUCAAUGUUGUAUGCAGUCUGAAGAAAGUGGCUGUUUUCUAUUCCUGUCAUAACAUUGGCAAUUGGAACAUAUGGCCUCUUAUAUACAAGGAUGUAGUCGAAUGCACAUCCAAACAAAUGCCAGAAGAGGUGAGUGAAACAAACUCUAUACGUUUACUUUCUCAGGCUUACCUUGUGAUAUGUGAUCUUCUAGUCGUGUUUUGCAAUCAGCUGCAAACUAAUGCGCAAACUGUCCUCUCUGAACUGAUCUACGAGGCUGACCGAUCUCUCCAAGUACUGCUCAACGAUUUCAUCCAGAACAACGUUUUCACUUAUGAAGAUGAAGAUGAACUGGACGAACAUUCUAGAAUCGAAGAUCUGCAUAAAAGGCGAAACUUCCUCGCUACUUAUUGCAAGCUGGUUGUGUACAGCAUAAUGCCCAUAUCUUGUGCUGCUGAUGUUUUGAAGCACUACGUCAAGUCUUACAACCUGUACGGCGAUAUUAUCAAGACAACACUAGGUAAGGCGAGGGAAAUCAAUAAGACAAACUGCGCCAAAACAAUGGUAUCCAGUCUGAUAUCUCUGUACAAAGACCUGCAAAAGGAGUCCAACAUCAGGAUAAAUCGACAACUUGAGGAAUUCAGUAGUUUGAAG